CCGGUUUCCAAAAAGGGCUGUCAGCGCGCUCUUGGAGGGAGGUUUGCGGCCCUCGGACUGUCUCUUGUCGAGCGAUAAGAUCGGCCGGACACAUCUAUAUCGGGCAAUUCCAUGAGCUGCUUUGGCACGGGCCAGGUAUCCCUGACGAGUGAACACAUGCGUCACGCGUUGGCAUCCUCAAUUAACCAAUAACCAGAUGACAAGCCGGACGGCCACGGCGGCUCGCGAGCAAUGCAUGAAGUGGAGGACCCUGGAAGAAUGAAACCAUUGCUAUUCAGGGCUGACAAAAAUGCGUCGUUGGUGCUAACGCACCCGAGACCCCCCUUAUUUGAUUUAUCUAGGUAUGUAUAGCAUGACGUCGCUGGAAGACGCACAGCACAAUAUGCCACUCAGUGGCAACCAACUAGGCCGCCCGUGGUAUUUGGAGAAUUACGAGUACGGAGAGCAUCAAACGGGCACAACUUUAAAAGGAUGCUGCAUCACUCGUGCCUCCCCUCCCCCAUCGCUAGCUAACUCAACAGCUUGAUCACAACUUCUGAGUUCGAAAUAACCACUGAUAAUGGGCUUCCGUAUUACUGCCGCGGCUCCGGCCAUUGCUUCGAUCGCUGCCACUGUUCUUGGCAUUGUCUUACUGGUCUCCGGGUCGUCCACGGGCACUGCUAAUGACAAUUACUGGAUUGCGCUUAAUACCUCAAAAAUCGGCCAGGAUCUCAUACAGAUUACACCUACGGACCAGUCCACCAGUGGAUCCGGUGACUCGAGCCUUGACCCUCUUCCAGGACUGGGAGGAAUCAUCAAUAGCAUACCAGGCCUCAACGGAAUUCUCGACAACUUGACAAACAGUGUUGACCAGGGGCUGAACGAUCUCUCGGGUACAAUACUGGGGAACCUGACGGAGGCCUUGGGGGUCAAAGACACAUACCGCCUUUACACCACCAAGAUGUGCCAGGGAAGCUUCCGGAACGAAGAUGACUCCGACAGUGACGUGGAUAUCGACGCGUGCUUUGCUUAUCGUGACAAAGGCCGAGGCUUGACCAAUAUCACGAACUCGAUCCCGUCGUCGCUGACGGUCGGAACUGCGCAGGUAUCCGUGCCUCUUGUGGCAACACUUAAGCAGUCCCUCCAGACCACAGUCAACUUGGCUUCAACUGCAGCGACUGUUAUGAUGGUGUUCCUGAUCAUCGGUUGCGUCUGUACUGCAAUCACGGCCAUUGCCUCUGUCCUCGGGAUCCUACGCGCACAGUCCCGUUUCUUGACCCUUGUCAAUACAGGGUUCUCAAUACUGGGUGCCGCCAUCUUCUUGGGCCUUGCUGGCAUUGUGACUGGCGUCAUCGUUGCAGGGAGUGACAGCAUCUCAGACCUUGGAAAGGGCUUCAAUCUAGGAGUCAAGCAGGGAGGCGCAUACUUAGCGAUCAUAUGGGUGGCUGCUGUUCUUGCUUGGAUUGCUAGCAUUUACUGGUUCAUGAUCUGGUUCGUUGAGUUCAGACGAAGUGCUUUCUCGAGACGGCACAGGACCACGGCCCAGAUUGGUAAUUGGAGGGGGAUCAUUGGCGAGGUGAGGAGGGAUUUGAAGGUCAAUGGACACAGCAGCGGUCAUACGUCCGACGGUGAAGGAGGUGCACUCAAAGCAUAG